UCCUACCAGACGCUGCAAUCGGCCGAGCUCCGGAGUAAACCGCUGCGGGACCAGCUGCGUAUCCUGGAGCAACUGCUGGCGGACAUUUCGGCGCAGAAGAUCAAGGUCAACAUGUCGCUGGAGAAGCUGCAGGUUCACUUCCACUCGGACAUCAUCUACACCGACAACCCGAACAUUGUGCAAAGCGGCCGGGCCGUCGUCGGCGAGCUGGACAAGCUGAAUCUGGACGUGUUCCAGACGACGCAGAACCUCGAUCAGGCGCUGACGCAGAUCGAGGGCUGCCAGACGGAGAUGCAAGCGAUCCGCCAGCGGAUCGUGCACGAGGAGCAGCAGCUCCGGAAUAUCUUAUCACCACUGCAUCAGGCUGGCGAUAGUGAACAACACGAACAGGACCAUUUGACGCCGUUCGAUUGGAGCGUAGAAGAAUGUUGCGAGCAGGCAGACGCACGAUCGUCACAGUCAGCAGCAACGGCAGCAACAGCCUCAGCAGCGACUCCAGGACCCGCGGCAUCGGAACCACCGCCGAUGGCUUCCGUUGUAGCCUCGGUGUGGGGUGCCGCCGGUGCUGGUGAUGAUCGCACGUACGCGGAAGUUGUUGCCGGACUUCGGCGACGGCAGCGCCAUAAUCAGCGAUACCAAAUCCACAGCACCGAUGCGGGCAACCAAAAUGUUACAAAGAUAUCGAUUGUUGGCACGCAAGCGAAGGUUAACGUACCAGCCACGCCGCCAACCAUCAGCACCUAUCGCUCGUCCACGCUGUCAACCGAACCCAUCGAGGAUCCAGUCACCACCGCCACCCGCUUCUAUUCCGCUCGUACCGUGCUCAAUCUCGAACCGACCGACCUCAAACCGACCCGGCAGGAGCAGCCUGGAAACGAUGUUCGUAGGUCGCGCCGGACUCCGAAAUCUCCACGGCCGCCACGCCGAAAUGCCGACCGAACUGAACCGGGUGCAUCGAACGUGACGACGAUUAUUGGUGCUUCCUCCAUGCAACCCGUCGUUGUGAUGAGUUCGGCCAGCAUUCGGCCGGAAACUAGUCAUCAGGAUGUGGCCGAGGCCGAACACUUUGGAAACAAGACUUACGCCGAGGUACUGAAAGAAAUAGCCGCAUCGAAUCAAUACCGGAUCCAGCAAACGCAACUACUGGGCAAUGAACCACUUGGUGCUGCCGCUGCCGGUGGCCUCCCUAGAAACCUUGCAUCGCUAGAAGUGCCGUACACUGGCGCAGGCCCACGAUCCCGAUCGAGCUCGCGUAACUCUCGAGGCAGUCGAACCGGAAACAUCGCCACGGUAUCCCGGGUAAACAUUGUGCACAGUGAACCGCAGCCGAUGGUGCCGAAACCUCAGCGGGUUGCCGCCGCCAACGGUACAUGGGCUGGAAAAGUGCAAACACAUCCGAACUCAUCCACCGAUCGUAGUGCUGUGGUAGAACCGCCUGCUUCCGUCUUGACCCUUGGCGCAUCCGAACAGAGUGAGCAAUCCGAAAAUACGAUCUACAAGAAGGCGAAGAAGAGUAAGAUCAAGCAGCCGCCGAAGGAAGUGUUUGUGACUGAAAUUGAUGUGAACAGAACGGAGGCGAGUCCGAUGAAGGUGGUGUCCGUUGUGAACUUAACUGACGAGCCGGACGCGAGCGCUAGUGCGGAGACGAAAAUAUCGAUAAAGUUGAACGAAUCCCAGCCAGACGUAGCCAUUGCGGAGCAGGAACAGAGGGAACAUUAUGUGACGCAGAUCCAGCUCGAUCCCGCGGCACAUCGUCAGCAGAUCCGCCGGAGUGCCAAACAGACAAAGAAACAACGGAAUACAGCUAACAAAUUGCAGCAGAUUGUGGUGGCAUCGGAACAAGAACAGGGACAGAACGUUUCGAUGAUUGAAAUUGCUUCGCCGAAAGAGAAAAGCGUCUCCAUCGUCGAUUUGCGCUCACCGAACGAACCGUUAACGGUUACUUCGAUCGAAUUGAAAGAAAGAGAUGCAACUCAAAAUUCAUCGGAACUCGGUACUCAACUCGACAAUACAACGAAGAACGAUUCAUCAUCUGAUACGGUGAUUGAUAAGGGAUCGCAACCAAAGCCAACAAAAGCAACAAAAGAAACCAAAGCCAUCAUCUUAUCGCCGGGCAAAGAGCAAAAGAAAAAGCAGAAAGAUAAGUUCAAAAAGAUUAAAAAAUCUGAUGCCGCCAGUAUGGCUGCGUUUCUCGAGGCGGAAAGAAAAGUGUUCGAGGCCGAGGAAGAAAAGCAGCACACCUCGGUGGACCGGGUCGAACAGCAGCGUGAUCAAACCUCUCCCGCGAGUUCGAUCACCAAGGAGCAGAUCGAUACGAUCAUCGUUGGCAUCAACUUCGACCGACAGGUUUCGCUUUCGAACGUGGCUGCCACCGACGGCGCUAUGGGUGAAGUGGUGGUAGGAACAAGCAAACCGUGCGAUGAGCCGUUUGUGGUGAGUUUACCGGCCAGCCCCGUGAGGAAUGUGAACGAGUUCCGCAGCAAUCUGGUGUUCGAAGAUUACGAUUUUAUGCACGAAUCUCCGGUGAAGCGAUUGCCGGAACGGGAGUCGGUCGACGGGAAGAGCGGUGGCCGUUCGAAGGAAGUGAAAUUCAAACCGACACUCGAAAGUAUUCCCUCGGAUGGUGAUUUGAUGAAGCAGCAGGGUGAAACCGGUGGGAAAACGGCCACGGUCGAACAGACCACGAACGUUUCCGCUCCGACGCCGGCCGGUGAUCGGCAACCGGUGAGCACUGAACGAAAUCCCAACGGACCGGACACUGCGAAGGAAGACAGCGAUCCGAUGCAGCAGCUUUUAAUCAACGAGCGGUGGCGGGACAAUCGACAGAAAAUUUCCAUGAUCACCCACGAAGAGUACCUGCUGCAGCCGGUUUCACACAUCCGGCUGUCCCUGCCGAAAAUAACUGCCCAACAGAUCGAACGUCUGCCGAAAGAUGUGACGAUAGACGUCGUGCCGCUGGAACCGAUCGUGCUUGAAACGCCGAAGGACGAAGAGAUUGGGCGGAUGCACGAUGACGGAGCACGGGAUCACGAGGAUCGUGAGGUAGCUACCGUGGUGUCGGUGUUGGACAUUUCACCUUCGGUGGUGUACGAAACCCAAUCGGUGGACGUGCUGGAGAAAGAAGCGUCCUUACCGAGUGCGGACGAUGUUUACCCAAGUAUGGCAACGGAAGCGCAGCAUUCUGACCUGGAUACGGUCAACCGGCAGGAGGUGUUGUUGGUUGGUGAAACGCGCGAGUCUACGCGGCAGAUGUAUACAACGACCACAACGUCCGUCCUGUACCGUACGAGCACGAUAACGUACGUGCAAUCGACCGACCAGGAAGAGAUCGCCGAGAUCUACACAAGUCCCACGGUGGUGGAACAAAGUGUAGUGACGGAGCACUCGGCACCCGGUUUAGAUAGUUCGUCCUACUCAGAAGCGAAUCGAAGCAUGGAAGAGCAUACGAUCGCAAUGGAGAGGAUCACACUGGACGAACAGUCGUUCAAUGAGUCUCAGGCACUAGAAAUUUCGAUCGCUAGCACGAUCACUGAGGAUGAUCAGCAGCGUGAGCUGAGCAUGGCCGAUCGUAGCAUGGAGGAACACACGGUAGCAGCGGAACAAAUCGUAUUGGAAGAAGAACCUACGAUCGCUGAUCGCAUCAUUGAAAAAUCUCAGACUAUGGUUGACAUUGAUUCAAGCCUCACGGAAGAGGAACGUUUGUUGGUGCAAAGGCGCGAAGAAUCCUUCACGGCCAACACUCAACGGGGGGCCGUUAGCCGUUCGGGGAUAAGCUUUCUGAAUCUCCCUCUGGACGCACGGACGGACGGGAAAAUUGAAAUGAAAAUCGCCAGCAUUGAGGCUAGCGAAACGGUGCUCGAAUCCACCUGCUCCGAAUCGUCCUCCGAUCACCUGCAACCCGAUGACGGGGAAAUGCUGGUGGAAGGAAAAUUGCUCGUCGAGGUGAAAAGUAUUCCCCGAUCUGCAGGUGACACACUCGGUGGUCGGAAAGAUAAGCGUAAAAAGGAGAAGAAAAAACUGAAAGUCUUACCACCGGUCGCGGAUUCGGCUGCUUCGCCUCUGCAGGCCGUGGCACCCACGGCCGCAGCACCGGUGGUCAAUGUGUGGGAAGAGAUGAAGGGAAAGAAGACGUACGCCGAAGUGCUGACGGGUUCCGAGGCGGAAAGGAGAAUGCUUGAACAGAUCGGGGCACCUCACGGGGUGACCGAAGAGUCCGCUUCGCGAAAGGAAAGCGUAGUCGAAGUAGAACUCGGUGAUGAGCACGAUCUUCAGACGUUCAUUGAUAGCAACCGGUGCAGCCAGAAGGUCACGGCUGUAAGCGUUUCGUGGGCCGAUGAAGAAUAUGAUGAGGAAAGGGAUGUCAGCUCCAACGUCUCCCUGCCGGAAACAAGCGUCGCUUCAGUAGAAGAUGUAGGGAAAGAUCCAAAGGAUUCAACUUCAAGCGAAAAGUGUCCCAAAGAGGCCACGGUUCCCGAUAGGAAGCAGAAGAAGAAACAAAAGAAAGACACUACUCUUGCUGUGAAGGAGGAAGUGCUCGACGUAAUCGAUGCUCCUGUUGGGGCGUCCGUCGUGGAACCAUCUUCUGCACAGAGCUUGGGGUCAAAUGAAGAAGAUGAUCGUGUCAUGGGUCCGGUGGCUCUCCAGCCUGGAACGCUUUUCGUCAAGUUGGUUGAAACCAAGGAGGCAACCGAAGAUCGAACCGAGAAACUGUCGGGCGCGCAGAAGAAGAAGAAACAACGAAAAUCUAAGCAGAAAACGCCAUCCGUCGAAGAGGAAGAUUCGGUAUCGGAAAGUGUAACCGAAGAGCUUCUACCACCCGGUAGCAACCCCUCCGAGGAUCACGUUGAGAUUGUCCCGGAGGUUGUUCAGGUUGCAGGUGACGAGCCCAAAAUAGUGGUAGAGCAGGUUGAUGAGGUUAGGUCCGAAACGAUCGCACAAGAACCGCGCGAUUCAGGAUCGAAACCUAAGAGGCAGAGAAAUCGAAACAAGAAGCAAGCGUCAGUGGAAAAGGAACCGGAAAGUGGGUCGAAUCUAGCGGUCGGUACAUCCACGACCACCGUUCCACUGUCGGAGUCUCCAAAGGAAAUAGCACACCUUCUGGACCAUGAUCGCCAUGAACCCGCGGAGACGCUUGAGGUUUCCGGCGAACCACUUGAUGUGGAUGGUGAAAAACGUGUACAGUUUUCAGCGGAACUUGAAAUCCUUAAGGACGUUCCCUUGUCGGAAUCCCCGAAAGAGAUUGAGCAUCUUUUGGAGCACUCACUCGCGGAAUCCCUAUCACCGUUGAAGAUCGCUGAAGAGCCGUCGAUCACCGCCACACCCGGUGACGGCGGCGAAGAUACGGUCAAGCAUGUACAUUUUGUAAGCGAAAUUGAAAUCCUUCCGCCUGUUCCUCUGUCGGAAUCGGCGAAAGAAAUCGAGAGCUUGUGCCAGGCCAAAUUUACCGUCGAAGGAACUGUUCCGAUGGAGGUCGCAGAAGAAGAUCCGUUGCUCUUUUCUGCGCACCCGACGGUGCUUGGUGAAAGUCAAGCACGAUCGGUGCAGUUUGUGGAGGAAGUAGUUAUUGUUCCGGCCGUUCCUCUGUCUGAGUCGGCCAAAGAAAUUGAGCGGUUGAGUCGAAGUGCAUCCGUCGAAGUUCUGUCGCCAAGGGAGGAGAAUGUCGCAGAAGACCCGGAUGCGGGGGCAAACAAGCGCGUCCACUUUGUGGAGGAAGUUAUGAUCCUGCCGACCGUACCGCUUUCGGAGUCAGCGAAGGAAGUGAAGUGCUUGCAGGAGGAAGCACACCAGCCAUCGGGAGCGCGCGAUUUGAGCGACCAAACCGAGGAACUGCAGGAUGUGCCGAUCCGGACGGAAGAAUCCGGCGAUAGGCGGGUUCAGUUUGAACCGGUGGUAGAGGUUCUGCAAGUGGUUCCAUUUUCAGAAUCGGUCAAGGAAACCGAGCGUCUAGUGGAGGGUAAUAGAGCGGAAGAACCAGAGUCAGAGGAGUCCCCGAAACAGGAGGAUGGCCCGGAUGAGGUCAGUGUUGGCGAACCACGGCGAAAGGUUUCAUUUUCGCAAACGGUCGUCAAAAUUGAUACACCACUGGACGAUGAUGAUUUCGAAGUUAUCGAUAUGUCGGAUGUGACCCCCGCCAGUCUCGAAUCCAUGGUGGACGAUGCACCGGUUGAUGAGUCGGUUAGGGACAUCACUCCGGUGGAAGUGGAGAGUGCGGCGCCCUCGGGGAUGCUGUACUCGGAGGUAGUGGCGCAAAGCCCUGCGAAGAACGUCGCUAGUCCCAGUGGUUCGUUCAGUGUCACGGAUUUGGAUGAAGAAACAAUGAUCACAGAGAACUAUGUAGUCAUUCAAGAAUUCACGAUCGAUCGUAGCGAAUCUGAUCGGGGUGAGCUUGAAAUAGUAGACCAAUCUGUUCAAGCCGAGUUUGGCACUACGUCAGACCGGCCGAGUGCUGAAAAGUCCGACCUAAUGGUGCAGUUUCACCAACUGCUGCUGCAGACCCACAAACUGCAGCCCUCACAACACCAACACCACAACACCCAUCAGCAACAGAAGCAGCAGCAGCAACAUUCCACCGUCGACCCUUCCACCCUUCCCUUAGGUUCAACGGACAGCAUAGAAUUAAGUAAACAGAAUGUGGCUGAAUGCACCGUAAACCGUAAACAGACAUUAGUGGCGCAAAGUGUGGAAAGUAUUCUGGACUCGCUGAUCAGUGCGGAGCUAGAGAUGAACAAUCUACCGUACGACAACGUUAACGAUCUCAUCAAGGGUCUGCAGAUCCUGAUAACGAACCUCGCCGAGUACAAGCAACAGAAUUACGCGAUCGCGGGAUCACUACCGCCGAACGCGGACCGUCACGUUCGCAGCUCGGUCGAGCAGAUUGACGAGCGAAUCGAUACGCUGCGGCAGCGGGCGGAAAAUGGACUCGAAAAGAUCCAGCAAACCCUCAAACAACGCGAACAACGAAAAAGCGAAAUCCGAGACUAUUUGCAGCUACUGGAAGAGAUUGAACGGUGGAUCGCGGGCGCCAGCAUUCACCUGACCGAGGUGACGGAAUGCCGGACGGAGGAAGAGGCCCGACGUCGUCUGCAGGACGACCGGGCCGUACUGAGUGAUCUCCGGGAGAAGGAAACUUAUUUGCAGGAAGUGUUCGACAAGACGGAACCGUAUCUGGUGUACAAUGAUGUGUCCGAGCGGACGGGUACGUUGCGAGAAAAUUUGACCCUCCUGAUCCGUAUCCUGCGAGAAAAGGCGCUAAUUCUGGAGAACAACAUUCAGCGGCUGACGGCACACCUUGACCCACGCUCUACCGCCGUGGCCGUCGUCGUGGCACCCCAAACGGUAGAUAUUGAAAGUCAAACAAGUCCGUUCACAUCCAUAACGGAACCCGUCGCGGAAGUGCUGCCGGCCACGGUUGAGCAAAGAGUGGCCAUUCCCGUGACUUCGGUCGCAGCUCAAACGCAAAUCGGUGAACCCGCCACGACGGCCAUCACCACGGACAACAUACUGAUCAUUCAGUCGGUGGCAAAUGGGCGCGAAACGGUGCAGAUAUCGAACGUGCCGCGGACUUUCCACGGACCGGCGGGCGAUGGGACCGGCGGCGAAGAGGCGGUCGUGGUCGAGGCAAAGUACACACAGCCGAUGGCGGGCCGAGAGUGGGAUCGAUCGUCGGAGCUGUUGGUUCGGAACAUCCCGAGCCAGUUCGAGACGACGUUCACCGAGCCCGAUGACACGACGACGGAAAUCAUUGUGAACCGAGAUGGGUCGAAGAAGAUCACACUCCGCAAGGUGGUGCAACCGGCCCAAUCGAUCGAACCGGCGGCCACAACGGCCUCCGGGAAGGCUUCAAUUGUUACCUCGAUCGAUAUGGUAGCGCACGCCGCGGAACCGGUGACCACCGUCGAAGGGGUUGAUGUUGAGCUGUUGCCAGAGGAGGAGGAGGACGGAGCGAUCGUGAGUGAAUCGCCCGUACGGCGGGAGGCCGUAGAGGACGCGGCCGAAACGGUGGUGAGCGAGAUACUGGACGAACUGCAGAAGCAGGUGAUCGACAGCGAGCAACCUGCUGGUGGGCAGCAAGAGCAAGUGGAGGAGCUGCCACAGGUAUUCGAUUCACAUGACCAAACCGCACCAGUAGAGUUGAUUGCUUCUCACGUUGAGUCACCAACUAGUACUAGUAAACAAUUAGGCGAUGCCUCUGCUACCGCCACUGUGACCGCCACGGACGCCGUAACCCAUUCCUUAAGCCUUACCCAACCAAUUACAGCCAGCGAGGAACUAAGUGUGGCCCCACCCGAACCAGUCGAACCGAUCGAGUCGAUCGCUGAUGUGUGGCCAGUGGCCGAACAUAUCGUUGGUGGUGGGGUGGUUACGUUUGCAGAAGGAAAACGGACCGAGCCGAUGAUCGGUAGUCACGACGAAACGGGAGCAGUUUAUAGCGAUGCCGCCAAUGUAUGGCCAACAAGCCCGGUACGUGGCUCCGAUUAUAUCGAAAUUGAGCCAACUCUGCUGGAAUCGGUAGAAGAAACGGUGACCGUUGUUUUGGACGAUAAUCUACCAACGAUAGUAAGACGAGAGCUAGAAAUUGUAGUACCGAUCAGUAUGGAAGGCGAAAGAUUCGAAGAGAGUGCCCCUACGAUCGAGGCUGAGGAAGAAAUAAUCGUUCCGAUCGCACUGGAAACCGAAAGUGGAAAGAAGUUUGACGCUCCCGCACCGAGUGAAGUUCUGCAGGAGUCUGCAGUUGAAGAACAGCAUCAAGAAGUUGUGGUACCGAUCGUUGUUGAAAUGGAAACGGAUAGCGCUACCGUAUCAAAACCGAUCGAAGUUAUGGAAACGAUCGCAACAGUACAGCAUGAAUCACCACCGGUUGUGGAAACCGUUGUUACACGGACUGUCGAUACGAUAGAGGGAUUGGAAGGUGCCACAACCAUUCUCGAGACGGUGGUCGUAACCAAAACGAUCACAAUGGAAGAAGUAAUCGAGAUUCCUGGCGAAGAAAUGGUCGAACUGAGUGCGGAAGAAGAACUGGUCGAUGAUGGAGAACGCGUCAUCGUGGAAAAGGUUACCCACGUGACAACCAUCGUCGAGCGGAUCGAUGUUGAGCUGCCACCAUCAGAUGAGCCUGAUCAUGCCGAACUUCCGUUGGAACUAGCCGUUCGGGAGCCUGAAGACCCCGCCGUGCCACCAAGUGAACCGUCGGUGGCCGAUGGGGAACCGAAUCUUGAGGUACAGGUGGCCACCGUUGACGGGGCAAUGCAGAGCUCACUGAAGGUGACGAUGAGUGUGGAUCCGACGGAAACGAAAAAGGUUAGUGUUAGUUUGAUCGAGAUCAAGGCGACACCGGCCACGGCCGAACAGGAAAGCAGUUCGGUUCCGGUAGCGGAGUAUGAGGAGAUUGCCGGGUUAGGAGAGGUCAACAUCGACCAAGGAUACGAGGCCGAUAAGACGGCGACCGCUGACGCGGAGGACGCCGAUGGCGAUGAUAAGGGCAAAAAGAAACGGCGCAAGCGGAAGAAGGCAAAGAAUGACAACGAAAAAGCGUGCAAUACGGAUCCUGGAGAUCCUCCUCCGGGACAGACACCGGUUGAACGGCUAGAGUCGGUGGCUCAAGAAUCCGAGCAGGGCGGAUUUGAGUCUUACCAAAGCUUCGCUGAGGAAGAUCAACCGGUGGUCAGCACGGUCAACGUGCUGGAAGAAUCGGUCGAACCGGAGCUGGCCGAAGUGCCCGUGGGCAUUCCGCGGCAGAUUGUGGUGCCCAUCGAGGUGCUCGAAGCGGUUUACAUCGAGGACGUGCAGCAGCAAACGAGCCCGGUUCAGGGCGACGACGACGACGACGCCGAGAUCGCUAACAUUACCUCCGAGCGGCUGAUGGUUCCGAUCGCCGACUCGGAACAGCGCUCGAUGCAGACCUCUCCGGAACCGGAAGUACCGCGAACAUCCCAGCAGACGUCUCCGAUCGAGCCGGAAGUGCGUGGCGAGCAGCAAACGAAGGAGGCUCAAACCGUGCUGGCGGAAGUCGUUGAGAUCGAGACGCAAACAUCGGCACCACCAUCACUAGCGCAGCAAGAAGCGCAGACGGAUGAGCCGAUGGUCGGUGAUGUCCCGAAGGCCGUCGUCGUUACCAGCGAUAGCGCUAAUCAAACGGCCGCGAUUGAAACGAAAGAAACGCACCAGCAAGCCACGGACACCGAAGAGAUCGUGGGCCCCAUUCUGGCACAAAUCGUACGGGAUGUGGUCGAUCCGGCGCUGAUUUAUCGGCGCCAAUCGAUGCAAACGAGUCCGGUACAGUUCCAGGCGGAAGUGCGCACGUCGGAUGAAGGCGCGCAGACUGCCAUUCUGGAACUACACGAUGCGAAUGUGGAGACCGAAACGGUCGCCAGAGAGGAUCGUGGAAAUUCUCCUGCACCCGAAGCGACGGAUAGCGCUGCCAUGGUGCCUGUGACGACCGAUUCGGCCAUUCAGACAAGUCCAGAGCAUGUGGCGGAACUUGCCAUUACACCCAAGUACGAAAUUCAGGACGAAAUUCUAAUACAAACCGUGGCACCACCGACGACGGAAAGCAGGGAUAUGCAGACCGAUCGCGUGGCGACUGCCGAAACCGAUGCCGGACAAACGGCGGGCCCCAUAACGGAGAUUACCGAAACCGUGACCAUUAGUACGCAAACGAGAACGACCGAGCCGCCCCGAGAGGAGCCAGCGGACGAUGAGAAGGACAGCAAACGGUCGAAGAAGAACAAAUCCAGGAAAUCCAAGGACGGCCGGAUUCCGAUCGAGGUGGAAGUGAGCGCGCAGAUGAUCGUGCCCAGUUCGAGUCAGCAAGGAGUGCCCGGAGCGGGUGGCAAUGAAACGGUAACGGUGACCAAGACGAUCGUCACGGACACCGGAGCAACGGGGCCUGACGUCGGGUUGAGCAUUCAGGUCGAGAUUGAUCCCGCGUAUGGAACGGUAGAAGAGAGCUCAACGAUCACCGAAGCGCCGGCAAGUUGUCCGAUCAACGAGUCGCUGGAUGCUGCCCAAAGCCAGAGCCUACGGUUGAGUUUGGCCGACUACUUCUCGAUCAUCAAAUCGCAGCAAGGAUACGCCGAAAAGCGACUCAUUCCGUGGCGGGACAUAAAUGAAAUGUUUGACACGACAACGGCCGCAGCGGCGGCGGCGCAGCCGGUGAGCCCCGAUGAUCCGCGGCGGGAUCGCUUCCGAAUGGCACUGCGAACGAUCAGUUUCAGUGGCGAGGAAGACGAUGCGCUGGCCGAAACGAACGAUCUGGAGCACGUGCUGGCCCUACUGGAGGAUCACCAGGGCGAGCCACUCGUCCAGCAGCAGCUGCUGUUUGAUGUGGUCGAAAGUGUUACGCGAUCGCUGGAGGAUCUCGAUGGUGGGUUGUGUUUGGCGCAGCAGCAGCAGAGCGCCGGCAGUGCCGGGGACAGUCUAGCGCCGCCGAUCGAUCGGGCAAAGUUGCACCGGAUCUACAAGAUUCGGUUGAUCCGCAUCGAAGAACACAUCCUGCGAAUCAUCACGUACGUCCAGCGAUCGAAGGUCGGUCCCAACAGCAAGGAAGUGGACGAGUGCCUGAACCAUUUGCUGAGGCAGGUGAAGGGGCUCGAGCAAGCGGUGGCCAACGAGGAGCGCAAUAGCGAUGCCAAUGCUACCGCCAUGCGCCGGAUUACGGACGCGAUGCGUGAUAUGAACCGACAGCUGGAUGCGCUCGAGGGAACCCUGCAGACGCUGAGCGCCAACGAGUCCAUCCCGAUCGGCCGCAAGCUGGUGGAGCUGGAGGGCAUCGAAGCCGCCUGCCGGUCGGUACAGAACGCACUGAACACGCUCACCAACGAGUACAACGGAAUCGAGGCCAAGGUCGAGGCCGGAAAGGUGGCGACGGAACUGGACCAGAACACGCAGCAAUUGCGCCGGCUGGAGAACGGGAUCGUGCUCGAGCGCAACAAGCUUCUGCAGCUGAACAGCCUGGCGGACGAGUACGAGCAGACGCUGCUCGAGUUCCAGGACAUUACGGCCGCGGCGGAACUGUUUAUCGAGAACGAAAUCGUGACCGGCUCGCUGGAGGAACUACAGGAGGAGAUGCAACGGUACCGCAAGUUCUUCGUGAACCUGAACCACUGCAAGGCCAUUCUGGAGUCGCUGGAAGCGAACCUGGACCCACUGACGCGUCAGAAGCAUGCGGAACUUCACUCGUCGCUGUACAACCGUACGAAGCUGAUCCUUGAGAGUGCCGUCGAUCGGGCGGGCAAGCUGGCACUGGCCGCUUCCCGCUGGACGGUGCUCGAGAAAGAGAUGCUCGCCGAGAGCCAGUGGCUGCAGGUUGCGCAGCAGCGUGUGCCGGACCUGGCGAACGUGUCCUCGGCCGACUACGAGCGGUACAUGACGAUGUACGAAUCGCUCGCCCAGGACAUCGGGAACCAUCUGGAGAAGAUGCGCGCCCACAACGGGACGGCCCGGGCCAUGCAGGAACUCAUCACGGCGCCGGUCCUCGAGAAGGACAGCUCCGAUGCGCUGGUGGUGGUGAUGCAGCUCCGCGAGGAAGUGCAGCUGUAUCUGCGGCUGCUGACCAAGUUCAAGGCGCACUGGCACCGGUACAACGUGCACGCGGACAAGCUGGGCGACUGGCUGCACGAGUGCGGCGGGAAGCUGGCCACCAUUAGCAUCGGGCAGAACCUGGCCGAAACGCCCGUCCAGGAUAUGCGCUCGUUCUGGGAGAUUAAGGCCCAGUACGAGGUGCUCAACAGCAAGGUGUACCGCGGGGCGUGCGAUUCGUUCGAUCUGGCCCUGGGCACGAUCGGCGUGACGGAUGAGCAGCUACAGCGGCAACUGCACGGCCAGCUGCUCGACAACUGGCUCGUGGUGUCCGGCCGAAUCGCCGACCUGCAGCGGAACAUUGCGGACUCGAUCAAGACGACGGCUACGCCGCCGGGCGAAAAGAUUGCCUUCUUCGAGCAGGAACUGGCUGAGAUUGGGCGUGAGUUCGACGGCAGCAAGACGGUGCUAAAGAGCCAGGAAGACCUGUACGGGUAUAUCGAGCGUAUGCAGAUGCUAAAGACGCGCAUCGCGCUGGUCGACACGGAACUGGGUCAGUUGGCGCUGGCACUCGACUACGACACCGAGAAAGUUAGUGCGAUCUUCGCGCUGUCGCGCCGCCUAUCGCUCCAGAUUGCCGAGGAACUGGAGGCGGCCGAUACGUUCUACCGGCGGCUGGAAGACAUCGAGACGGGUAUCAAGGCGCAAGAGCAGCGCCUGACGGAGAUCGCCCGCGUACUGGACGAGUGCGGUGACAGCGUGAACGGGAAGCGAUCGGCGGUCGAGAAGGCACUGGGCGACUGCAAAGACUGUCAGGAUGCGCUCGGACCGUGCUGGAACGAGCUGAUGCGCCUGCGCCAGAUGCUACACACAUUGCCGAUGAACCUGAAGGUGUCCGUGUCGCCACUGCAGACCGAGCGCGAUCUUUCGACGCUCCAGAACGUGCACAGCGAUCUCGAGCGGCGCUGCGAUCAGGUCGGCGCGCUGCUCCGCGCUCGGCAGACGCUGUGGAACAAGUUCCACCGUCAGCUCGACGCGAUCCAGGAGCACGUGCAGGAGACGGAGUUUAUGAUGGAACUGCUGCAGCUGCAGGAGAGUGCCGAUUACAACCGGUUGCUGAAGGCGACCGAACGGUUGGAUACCCUCCUGGCGGACAUUGAAAGCCGCAAGGAUAUGAUCGAGGACCUGCAGACGAUCGCGCAGCCGUUGGUGGAAGCGUCCGACGCGAGCGUGUCGGCGGAGAUCCAGGAAACGGUGCAGCAGAUCAGUGUGGUGUGGGAGAGCACCCGGGAGAACCUGCGCGAUCUGUGCGAUCGCUACGAGAAGGCGGUCAAGCUGUGGCAACACUAUCACGACGUGUGCGACACGGUCAAGGAGUUUACCGAGUUCACCGAGUACGACGAUUUGCGUCGGCUGGAGGAUCUACCGCAGGUGGAAGUGUACCAGCGGGCGCUGCUCGAUCAGCGCCAGGAAGUGGACAAGCUGCGCAAGCUGAUCGGUGAGAUCAACGAGCAGGUUGGGUUCAGCAUCGGCGAUGCGCUGCUGGCCGAGAUCGACGAGUAUGGGAAGAAGCUGGAUGACAUCGAACAGGGAGUGAUCGAGCGGCGCGUUAAGGUGCACGAUCGCGAUGCGCUGCGCGUCGAGAGGGCUGACGUUGCGCAAGUUUCCCGUGGGGUGCUGGAGCACGUGCAAGAGAGUUUACAACAGAAACAGCAAGCGGUGGACACGGAAAAUCUGACCAACAAGAUCGUCGAUCUGCGCUCGUACCUGUUGAGUCUGUGCGGAACGAUGGCCCGGUUGAAGGAUAUCCACCGCCACGGGGAGCGUGGCACCCGGGACGACAACGGAAACCUACAGAACCUUCACUCGGUGUCCCAGAACUUGCUACAGGAUACGUACCAACAGUACCAGGAACUGGUACAGCAGCUUGUCGGCACCACGGAUGACGACGGCCGGGUGCUGGACUUUUGGCAGGAGUACCUACAGUUCGUGCAAACGUUCCUGUCCGCUGGCAUCCCGAGCGACUACGGCCAACUGAGGGCCCACCGUGAGCAGUGCCUUCUGCUUCGGACGCUGCUGGUCGGCCUGCGGAAGGAGCUGCUGCAACGGGGCAAAAUCGAUGUCCGGCUAGUGGAUCGGUAUAACGAGCUGAGCGUGCUGUACGGCGAGCGGGUCGAGCGGUACGAGGAGCGCAUCACGGAGAUCGAUAACCGGCUGUGGCACUGGGAAAAGUUCCGCACGCUGGGCGGUCGGCUGCGGGACGCGUUGGCCAACGUCGAGCGGGAAAAGUUUACGCUCCAGCUGGAGUACAUCAAUCUGCAGGAGCUGCCGAAGCUGAUCGCGAAGGUGAACGCCCUGCUGGAGCAGUUCCCGCGGAUGGAGGGCGACCUGGACGCGAUGGCCGCCGAAAUGGCCCAGUUGUCGCUGUACGGCGACGAGGGCACGACGCUGAUCGGGGCCCGCAGCGAGCAGGGCAAGAUCGGCGAGAAGGUCGGCAAACUGCAGGACAACGUGGAAACGUGGAAGAACUUCCUGUUCGGUAUCGACGAGCUGUACGGUCGCUUCACGCGCCGUGCGUACGAGGUGGAGAGCAACCUGCACGAGCUGCAGGAGUGCCUCGGUGAGCUCGAGGCGGGCCAAGUGGAAGCGAAACUAAACCUCGUCCGGAACUACCACGUCCGGUUGGGCACGGUACGGGACGGUGGUCUGCAGGAGAUUGGCCGCAUGCAGGACGAACUGAAGGUGUGCAUCAGCAUGUUCGAUGUGCGCCGUCUGCACAAACGCGUGUGGACCCUGUGGCAACUUUACGGCAAGCUGGAGCAACGGAUCGUGCUGGUGAUGAAGCGCACCGAGGAGAGCACUCGCAAUCGGAAGCUGUUCUUUGACCAAUACCGGGUGCUGCUCGACUGGAUGCAACAGUUCGAGGACGCCAAACUGAACGACGAUUCCAAUCGGUACGAAGCGUGCACCGACGAUCGGGAGUUUAUUCGCGGGGUCGAGGAAUCGACGCGCCAAGAGCUGGCCCUGAAGGAGUACGAAAAGGAGUGGCUCACGGUGACGGGCAAGGGGCUGAUGGCGCACAGCUCGCCCGACCAGCAAGCGGAAGUGAUGGUACACCUGGAACAGCUUCACGCCCGCUGGGAUCACCUGCAGCGGCUGUGUGACGCGCGAUCGCAGAAGAUCGCCGAAAUCGAGCUGACGGUGCGAUCGCUCGAGACGCGCAUCGCCGAGAUCAAGGCGUGGAUGGUGGGCAUCGAGCGGGAACUGCGGGCACCGUUCGCCACGAUCGACAGUUUGGAGAAGACGGUGCUCGAUCGGUUGCUGGACGAGUACGAGAAGCUGCAGCGCUCGAUCGAAGCCAACAGUGGCAACGUGGCGGAAGUGUUGAACCUUUGCGAGCUGCUCUUUAUCGACGUCCAGUCCUGGAACGUGCACAUCGAUCGGCGCAGCAUCCAGAACGACGCAAAGGACCUGGACUGGCGCUGGAAGGCGGUUUGCUGCGAGGCCGGGCGGCGCAAGCAGGAUCUGCUGGCCGUGUGGAACAUGCUGCUGGAGCUGCAGAAGAUCGUGGAAUCGCACCAGGGCUGGGUCACGGAGCAAGAUCUGUAUGUGCAGGGGGCCGAGGAGCUGCUCGGCAGCUACGAUGGCGAACGGAUGGACGAAGAGCUCGAAACGAUCGCGAUCCGGCUGAGCGAUGUAGCCGGCCAGGAACCGAUACAGUGCAUCAUGCGGCGGCUUUACGUGUCGCUCGUGCACAACGAUCGCAUCGCGAGCGAUGGACUGCGCGUGAUCACGGGCCCCGCAUCCCACAUGCUGACCAUCUGGGAGCGGCUUCAGGUGCGCUUCUGUACGCUCCGUACCGAGCUGGAGCGCUACCGGUCGGAGUACGGCACGUUCGUGGUCGAGUACGAGCGCAUCAUUCUGGCGUUGACCCAGAUCGACGUGCAAGUGACCCAGAUCGAGCACCUUCCGCCGGCUGGACCGGGGCCAGAGUCGGAUCUUCAGCGGCUACAGGAGCUACACAGCGAGCUGCUGUUGGUGGUGGAUCUGUUCGCGAAGGAAGACACGCUCGGGACGAACCUCGUGGAGCGCCACUCGGCGAACAAUGCGAUGAGCGAAGACAUCCGGCAGCGGAUGGCCGAGUACCAUCGGUUGGGCAACGGUAUUAAGGACCGGCUCGAUGCGCUCCUGGAGCGGACGGCUGCAGCACUGGCGGAGUCGUCGUCGGUGGCGGUGCAGGUCGAUACGCUCCGGUUGGGCCGCAGCGAGUCCAUUACCGCGAAGGAUGCGUACCGUUACCAGCUGGAGACGGCCCUCGGCGAAGCGGCCACCAAUUUGCGGUUGCUACACGAAGCGAUCGAAGCCAUCAACGCAAACAACUUCAUGUCCUCGACGCAGAACGUAUCGAAAGCGUCGGCCGCCUGCGAAUCAUCGAUCGAGCUGAUCAAGCACCUCAGCACGUUGCUCCAAUCGGAGUGCUCGGCGACGGCAUCGGAAGCGUGUGCCGGGCAAGUCCUGCACGAGGUCGAACGGUACCAGCGGUUGCUGGCGGAGUGGACCGAAAAGCAACAGCAACUCGAGGAGUCCAGGAUCAUACCUAAAGCUUACAAUUUUAACUGCAUACACAAUGCCGACUACCUAACGUGCCCGCUGUGUACGAACCGGAACUGGCAGCAGAUCGACAACGAUCUGUGGCGCUUGGAGCAGUGGCUCUCGAUGGCCGAAGCAGCACAGCGGGCGCAGCUUUCGAGCCCCCCUUCGGAUAUCGACGCCCUGGAGGACACGAUACAGGACCAUCGGGAGUUCCUGCUGGACCUGGACAGCCACAAGAGCAUCAUCAAGUCACUCAACAUUGUCGGCGAACAUUUGGCCACGCACACGCGCGACACCGGACGGGCCACGAAGCUGCGGGAACGGUUGCACGGGAACAACGGGCGCUGGGAUCGGGUUUGUAAUGGGGCCUCGCGGUGGCAGUCGGCGCUGAACGGUGCGCUGAUGGAGAACCGAGAGUUCCACCGUACGAUCGGUGAACUGAGCGGUUGGCUGGAGCAGACGGAGGCGCGCAUCAAGGCCUCGGAACCGAUCGAUCUGACCAGUGGCGAUGAGCGGGCGGUCGAGAAGAAGUAUCGCAUGUUCCGCGAGCUUCGGGCCGAUCUGAUGCGCUGCGAACCGCGUGUCGUUAGCCUGCAGGAAACGACCUCGCAGCUGACGAAGUACGUGGACGCGAACAAGUCGGAAAAGUUCGACGAAGUGUACGCAAAGUUGACCGAUCUGCGGUUACGGUUCCACUCGAUCCGCCGGCUGGUGGAAAUGUACAUCAUCAAAAUCGGUGCCGCCCUGGGGCACGACAGUAGAACUAGCUUGGGCGAGGUGCCACCGGGCCGCGGCGGUUCAUCGGUCGCCUCGUCCGCGGCAUCACUAAGGCUCCGCCGGACCUCGCAGGACGAGCAGAUGCAGGAGAACGGAGCCCGCCACCAUCCACCAUUAGCAACGGCACACGAUUCCAGUACAAAUGCUGGCACCGGAGACACGGAGGGAGACGACGGAGAUGUCAUCAACACUACGAUCCUGAGGAGAAGCUAUCGCUUCUUGGGUCGUGUCAUUCGUGCCUCGCUCCCGAUCCAAGCGAUGCUGCUGUUGCUGCUCGGUGUCGUCACGCUUAUGCCCCACGGUGAAGAGUACUCCUGCACGCUGGCCAACAACUUCGCGCGCAGCCUCGAACCGAUGCUACGCUAUCCGAACGGACCACCGCCAAUAUAGGGAACCCGCAGUAGUUACCAUUCCUUUCAUUGUUCCUCUUCCCGCACUUCCCCAUCUCUCGUCCUUAUGCUAGUCGCGUGGCUCUCUUCCGAGAGGACAACUAUUCCUAUUCCUUACCACAUUAGAUAUGCGUACGACUAACCCAAUAACAGCUUUUCGUAGAAUUAGAAUCCGCCACCACGGGAGAGUGGUGGCUUCUGUACAGUUUCUCCAACGCAAUACUAAUGCACAAAGCCAUAUCCAUUACACGCACCUUAGCUAGGGUAAAGGCAAUUGACGGAUCGGAUGGAUCGAAGAGGAUUGUGGUCGUAAGUUUAAUCACAUAAAUAUUCCGAUA